AUGUCCAGCAGCGAACUCAGCUACGAGAGCAGCGACUACGGCGACGGUGACUACGACACUUGGCCCACCGAUAACAACGUGCCCGACUUCAAGUGGGCACACUUCCCGAUCCUCGAGGACGACGUGCCCGCCAAGAACUUUGGAGAGCAGCAGGGUCCCCUGCACGACGUCGGAAAGCUGCUGGCAGAGGGCCCGCAAGAGCAGCAGAACCUCGACAAGUUCACCUUUGGAGGGCCCGCCGACCUGCUCCCGCCGCUGCCUGGCCUGAGCGUCGAGGGGUACGGACCCGUCGCGCUGCCCAUCGUCCGCCCGGCCGAGGCCAAGAAGCUCGCGGCCAAGUGCCAAAAGGCGCCCUUCGGCCGCGGACGCGACACGCUCUUCGACGCCUCGGUACGCAAGACGUGGCAGCUCGAGCCCGAAAAGGUCACGAUCGCCAACCAGGCCUGGCACGAUGGCAUCGCCGCCCUUGGCUCGCUGAUUGCCAGAAAGAUGGGAUUUCCCGGCACGCCCGUCACGCUCCACCUCUACAAGCUGCUCCUCUACGACGUCGGCGGCCACUUUGGCAGGCACCGCGACACGGAAAAGGAGGACGGCAUGUUUGCCACCCUCGUCGUUCAGCUGCCGUCGAACCACACCGGCGGACAGAUGGUGGUGUACAAGGGCGGCGCAUCGGUGACGCACGACUUCGGCGCCGCUGCCGGUACGGCCGCGUUCAAGUGCCACUACGCCGUGCACUAUGCCGAUGCCGAGCACGAGAUCACGCCGGUGACCGAGGGCCACCGCCUGGCGCUCGUCUACUCGGUUUGCUGGCCUGCAGACCGCGACAGGUCGAGCAUCCCCUCGUCGGUCGAUGCCGAGGUCAGGGCCAAGAUGGCGUCGGCGCUGCGGCAGAUGAGCGGCCAGGAGCGCCGCUUCUACCUGCCCCUUGAUCACGAGUACACGCCCAAGAGCAUCGCCGGCCUCGGCGACCGCGCCUUCAAGGGCGUCGACCGCGAUCGCCUCGUCAGCCUGCGGGCCGCCAACGCGCUGCUGCCCGAGGAUCGCCGCUACGCCUUCUUCAUCGCCAAGGCGGAGCGGCGCCAGCUGUUCUGGAAGCACUGCGAGCGCAAGGCGUGGGAGGAGUACGAGCGGCCUAGGAUCGCCUUCAAGCAGCUGCAGGAUCUCGACGGCGGCAGGAUCAUCCAAGGAUCGUGCAGCCCUGCCAGCUACUUUGGCGCGCACGACAUCCUCAACCCAGACGCCAAGUCGCUCCUCAAGCUGUGGCAGGGGCACCGCACCAAGCAGAGCGAGGACACCGGCAACGAGGGCCCGGCGGUCGAGACGACCUACACCAAGUACGUCUUGCUCGCUUGGCCGGCACGCCUUGUCCGAGGGCUCGAGGUCAUCUGCGCCGGCGAGGACGAGACGCUGAGCGCGCUGCUGGCCAGGGGAGCCUCGGACGCCGAGCUGGCGGACUUUCUCCGCGUCGUCGAGCACUUCUACGCUGCUCUGGUGCGUCCUGCCGGCGUCACCGUCGGCAAAGAGAAGCUGCGACACGCCAUCUUCAAGGCACUCUGGGCGCGCCCGUUCAACCGCCAGCUCCUGGAUCUCUACUUGGCCAUCUUCUCGACCGCCAAGCUGCUCCUGCACAGCGAUCGGGGCUGGAACGACUUCAUGCGGCUGACCCAGUGGCAGCAGGCCUGGCCGGCCGUCGGGAACCGCGUCCUCGACAUUCUGGCCGACGACCCCAACGUCGUCCUCAGGGCGAUCCGGGCUCAACGGGACAGAGCGCCGGAAGAGACCAUCCACAUCUUGGUCGAGGCGCUCCUGCGCAAAGAGCACGGGCUUGGAUCCUCGGCCAACGAUCUCGAUUGGCUUGAAUGGCUCAACUGGGACGAAACCGCCAUGUGGCAGGUCGCCGUGUCCAUCCCGGGCUCGGCCGUCUGCCGGAACAUCGUGCAGCGCCACCUCAACGCAGCCGACGAUCGAUUCGAGAUCGGUCCAUGCUUGGCCGCGCUCCGCAAUUGCCGCCGCAAGCAGCCGCAGCAGUUUGAGGCCUGCCGCGAGGCCAUCAGGCCGCUUGUUGAGCGCUGCAUCGCGCAGCUCCAGGGCCAGCGGGCGCAGGCGUCGCAAGCCAGACCGGCGCAAGACUACUGGCGCUUCGCAGCCACACGCUUCCACGGCGACGCCAGGGUGCGAGACUUUCUGCGCGGGCCGGAGCGCACCACGACCAUCUCGGGAUUCGACGGUAGCCAGGCUGCACGCUACUUUGUCGAAGACUGCCAGGUACGCAUGCGUCCGAGCGCCGCCGUCGACGCGCAGAAGUGGAAGCGCCACGGAGAGCCCGACUUUACCUUCACCGCCGCCAAGGAAGGCCGAGGCAGGGAGGCGACCGUCACGCUCACCAAGACGGACCUGUACCCUCAGCAGCGCGAGCUCAAGCGGCUCGACAAGGUCAAGCACCUCGACGAGUCGCUGGCGGAGUGGGGGUCGCUGCUCGACCCCGUGACGAGCGCAGCGACGACGUCGACCGACGAGGCUUUGACGGACAGGGACGCCGAUGCCGACUUGGAGGCUGUCUACGAGGACGAGGACGAGGACGCAGACGGCGGUGAUCAGCCGCCUCGAGGGCGAUCGACUGUCGGCCACGACAGUAGGCCUGACGCCGACGACCCGCUGCCCACGCCUUCCCAGCUGGGGAGGGAGCGAGAGCACAGCGACGAAGAUCGCCAGGGCAAGCGGAUCAGGGCCGAUCCAGAGGCCGAGUAG